AUGGACUUCGGCGCUGCUGUGCUGCUGCUGUACGUGAACGUGCUGGUUUGUGGGAGUGAAGCGAACAUGAACUGGAGUGAGCGCAGUUUGCUGCAGUUCAGAGCGAUGAUUAAGUGCGUUCUGCCGAACAGUUCUCCGCUGGAAGACUUUGCGGAUUACGGCUGCUACUGCGGAUUCGGAGGUCAGGGAACACCGGUGGACCAACUGGACCAGUGCUGCUUUGUUCAUGAUCACUGCUACUCAAUGGCAUCAAAUCUCAGCUCCUGUGACUCCCUCCUUGACAGCCCCUACGUCAACAUCUACGACUUCCGCUGUGACUCCGCCACCAACACUGUCACCUGCAUGAGCAGUAAUAAAGAGUGUGACAUGUUUAUCUGCGAGUGUGACCGAGUGGCCUCAGCGUGUUUCGGAGUUGCUCCCUACAACGUGUCCAACAACCAUCUGUCCUCCAGCCUGUGUAAAUCAGCCUCCGGGGGGUCCAGCAGCUCCGCACUGACCACUGUCUCUUUCGCACUGAUCUUAGUACUCAAGCUGACCAGCACAGCUUAA